CAUACUUUAUUAUGUUCACUCAGUAUGUUCUUAAUUUUUAAGAACGAAAGAAAUGCAAUUUUGCUUAAAAAAAAAAUAAAAAUAUUUUAAAGAAAUUGUGACAAUUAAAAUGUCAAUUGAAUUAAUCAAUUUCGUUUUGUUUAUUGGUGCAGCUACGAUAUCUUUUUAUAUUUAUUAUAAUUUUAAAUCUUUUUUUAGUAUAAUAAUUUCAUUAUUCAAAGAAUAUGUUUAUCCAAAAGAGAAAAUAUGUUUAAAGGAACGAUACGGGAAUUGGGCUGUUAUAACUGGCUCAACAGAUGGCAUUGGAAAAGCAUAUUCUAAAGAAUUGGCGAAAAAUGGACUUAAUAUUGUUUUAAUAUCUAGAUCAAAGGAAAAACUAGUAGAAACAUCCAAAGAAAUAGAAUCAGAAUAUAAUGUACAAUGUAAAUAUAUUGAAGCAGAUUUCAGUCAUGGAUGGAAUAUUUAUGAUCAUAUUAAGAAACAACUAGAUGGCAUUGAAAUUGGUAUUUUAGUAAAUAAUGUAGGACAGGCAUAUGAUUUUCCUGAGAAACUACAUAAUAUUUCUGAGGAGAAAAUAUGGAAUAUGAUACUUUUAAAUAUUGGAGCAACUGCUAUGAUGACACGAUUAGUUAUAAUUCAGAUGAUUAAAAGAAAUCGUGGUUUAAUUGUUAAUUUAGGUUCAUUAUGUCAAUAUUGUCCGGGACCACUUAAUAAUAUGUACGCUGCUGGAAAGGCAUUCGUAAAAUCAUUUACAAAAUCAUUACAAUGGGAAUUAAAAAAUUAUAAUAUUGAAGUACAAUUACUUAAUCCAGGAUUUAUUAGAACAAAUAUGACAAAAUUUUCAAAAAAUUUAACUCAGACUGGAUUUUUUGUUGCUGAUGUUAAUGAUUUUGCAAAAUCAGCUAUUUGGACACUUGGUAGAACUAAUGAAACUACUGGAUUAUUUUAUCAUGGAAUACAAUUUGCUUUAUACAAUGCGUUUCCUGAAAUAAUACAAACUUUUUUUUGUCAAAUACUUGCAAAAAUAUGGCAAAUUGAAAAUUUGCGAAAGAAAUCAAAAGCCUAAGGUCAAUUUUUAAAAGAAAAUUGUAAGCACUACAAUUAUUAAAAGUACUUAACUACAUUUUGGACUAAAAGCAAAUGUUGGGGGCUGAAGUAAAUGUUUAAAUUUAAAUUAUCCAAACCUAUUAUAUUAAUAUGGAAUUAAAUAUGUUAUCAUGUGUAUUACCAAAAAAGUUUUAACAUGAUUUUUAAAUUUAUAUUAAGUUUAUAAUAAGUAUAGCAUAUAAGUUGUUAAUAUAAGAUAAGAAGGGUUCAAUGUAUUUAAUCACAAUUAUUGUUUCUCAAUUGUAGAUAUAUGUAUAUACAAAUGUAUUAAUUUUUUAUUUUUAUCAUUACAUCAGUAAUUUAAUUCCUAUUAAUAAUAUUAUAGUUGUUAAUAUUUUGA